GCCCCUUUUGCCUCUUCUGUUUUUGUAGUUACAUCACGGUCAUGACCCCUAAUCGGAGAGACGGCUGUGCUUUUGAUAAGAGCGCGUUAUCUGGGCUGACAACGUAGUGUGCGGUGUUUAUGUCAGUAUGGUCAUGGUUUACGCACUGUAUCGUUACGACUGACAACAGUGGAAGGCUAAUGUUAGAAUCAUUGCAGCUGCAUCAAAACUGCACGACUGUCAACAGAUUACCCUAAAAUACUGGAAAGAACACCAGCUUGUUUUUUUUUCUCCCCACAGCUGAAAUUCUGGCAACAUGCAGAACUUUACCAGAGCAGUACGGACCUUUGUAGCGAACCAUUCAACUGGAAUAACAGUUGUUACCAUCACAGGGCUGGGUCUGUAUGCUCUGCGUAGGUGGAUGGCGGGAGGGGCGUGUGUGAGCUCUGCCAGGCUGGAUGGCAAGACGGUCCUCAUCACAGGGGCCAACACGGGCAUCGGGAAGGAGACUGCUGUUGACCUGGCAGGGAGAGGUGCGCGUGUGAUACUGGCCUGUAGGGAUCUGGGCAGAGCGACCCUGGCGGCGGAGGACAUCCGGGAGCGGAGUGGGAACGGGAACGUGGUGGUAAAAAAGCUGGAUCUGGCCUCUCUACAGUCCGUCAGGCAGCUGGCCAAGGACAUCCUGGAGACAGAAGAGCGGCUAGAUAUCCUCAUCAACAAUGCAGGCAUCAUGAGCUGCCCGAAGUGGCAGACGGAGGAUGGCUUUGAGAUGCAGUUUGGAGUCAAUCACCUCGGCCAUUUCCUACUGACUAACUGCCUGCUGGACCUGUUGAAGAAAUCAUCACCCAGCCGCAUAGUCAACGUGUCCAGCCUGGCUCACGAGAGAGCUGAGAUUUACUUUGAUGAUAUCAACCUGGACAAAGACUACACUCCUCAGAAAGCCUAUAAGCAGAGCAAGCUGGCCAACGUCCUCUUCUCCAGAGAACUAGCCAAGAGACUGCAAGGCUCUGGUGUGACGGUGUACAGUCUGCACCCAGGCAUCAUCCACACGGAGCUGGGCCGUCACUUUUGGCCAAAGCUGGCCCUGUGGAAGCGGGUGGUGUACCAACCCCUGCUGUUGCUCAUUAAGACCCCCACCGAGGGAGCCCAGACUACCCUCCACUGUGCCGUGGAUGAAGGGCUGGCCAACGAGACAGGGCUUUACUACAGUGAUUGUAAGCAGAAGCCGGCAGCUCCUCAGGGGCAGGAUGACGAGGCGGCCAGGAGACUAUGGGACCUCAGCGCCUCCAUGGUGGGACUCUCCUGAGGUACAGCCGUCAAGCAGAUCUCCCACUGGGGGUGGCUUUAAUCCAUUACACCCCAAUCUGGCCUCUCCAACUCCAGCCAAUUGUUUAGGGUUUGUUUUUUCCCAAGCACCAUACUUACCAUGUUAGAUUUUGUUUUUUUUAUGCUUCUGUUGCUCUGUGAUUGGCCAUUGCCAGCCAGCUGACCUGCUGUCUGGCUAGCAACAGUGGUCUUAGAACAUGCCUCAGAGCAAUGUACAUCAUACUGGUACAACACAACAAACAGCACAGCUGUAAUGUUACAGACAUUUAUUCAAAAUAUACAGGCUACUACAUACAAAAAUACUAUGCAUCAUAUGAUGUAAACAUGAGUCAAACAACCAGUUGAAUGUCUCACAGUCAAGUCACGUGGAAGCCAUAUUUUUUCACUGGCAUGUCAGUGUGCGACUGGUUUUGGAUCCGUUCUAAUGUAAGUUUGAUUGGCGCAUCAAUCGCAAAUUGCGUUUUCUAUGUAGCGCGCACGUCUGUCUGUCUGUCUGUCUGUCUGUGUGUGUGUGUGUGUGUGUGUGUGUGUGUGUGUGUGUGUGUGUGUGUGUGUGUGUGUGUGUGUGUGUGUGUGUGUGUGUGUGUGUGUGUGUGUGUGUGUGUGUGUGUGACAGAGGGACUAUUUCUAAAUAAGAAGUUAAUGAUUCGAUUUAGGAUGUCUGAUAUAAUUUAGCUUGUUGGCUAAUAAAUGCCUUAGUAAGUAGACCAUGACCUUUUGCAGAAACCCUGUAACUGCUCUCUGUCUCUCUUUCUUUUUUUUGUGCGUCAUCAUUUGCUACUUCCCAAAUAAACUCAGCCUGUUUGUCCGUUUUGAUGAAUAAAAACAUUGUUGUUGAUGUUUAUCAUCAUGGGGUGUUAAAGUGCUAAAUUCGUUCAGAAAGGCAUGCCUUCAAAAUGGGUGCAGUAAUUGCUAGUUAGCUCAGAUCAAAUGGCUUCUUUAAACUAAGUAGAAUAGCUGUCUUUCAGUGUGUCAAAAAUCUUUGAAGUGUGAAAUUGCAGACCAACAACUAAAUACGUUUGUAUUUUCUUUUUAAAGUCUUAUCUUUUCACAACUGAACAACAAAAGACAUUUCUCCAAGCUGUUUGAAGAAGUUAGCCAGCUAACCUUCAAAGUGUGCGCUUGAUACAGUUAAUGCAGAAUCAACAACUUCCUGUUGGUGGUAGUUUGUUUUUACACAUAUACACUGUGCGUGUGUUCAUUGUUUGCCUCUUUUCCGUGAAACACAAGCGGUAUGCUUUAAACCGUAAACUACAUUGAACCAUCAUCACCCUGUCGAAAAACAAUAACAAAACGACCAGAAGGCACUAAUGUACUAAAUUGCUACAGACAUUCAGCCGAUAACUCGACACAAGAGUUUCACCACCAGAGGGCAAAAGGGACAUAUCAGAUCCAAUACGUUGAAUGACCCACAUGGGUCAGACUGUCGUUUUCUUAUAUAAGCUGCAUGAAUGUGAUCAUCUUGGUACAAUAAUCAGCAACAAGUUCAACGCUAUUCUGAAGACUUUGUCGAAGAACUUGUUUUAAAAGUUGUACCUUCUUUAUCUGAGUUUGAAAAUAUUAGUGGAAAAGUGUGACAUUUCCUGCUAUAUUCUAAAACCACAAGACAUGAAGUAUUUGUACAUAGAAAUUGACAACUCGAUAUUCACUAGUCUUCCUGUCUUCCAGGCCAUCUCUUUGUAAAAUGUUGUAUUUAUCUAAGAUAAUAAAUCAUGUUUCUGUAUU